AUGUGGCCGGACCUUAUCAGGAAAGCCAAAGAAGGUGGACUGGAUACAAUUGAAACUUACGUAUUUUGGAAUGCACAUGAACCAGCUCGUCGUCAGUAUGAUUUUAGUGGAAAUCUUGAUCUUAUUCGGUUUCUUAAAACUAUUCAAGAUGAAGGAUUAUAUGCAAUUCUUCGAAUUGGACCUUAUGCUUGUGCUGAAUGGAAUUAUGGGGGUCUUCCUGUAUGGUUGCACAAUAUGCCCGGAGCUUCCUUACGAACUAAUAAUGAUGUGUUUAUGAAUGAGAUGCAAAAUUUUACAACUUUGAUAGUUGAUAUGGUCAAAAAGGAGAAACUUUUUGCAUCACAAGGAGGUCAUAUUAUUCUUGCUCAGAUUGAGAACGAAUAUGGAAAUGUUAUGGAACCACAUGGAGCUGAUGGACAAGCCUAUAUCAAUUGGUGUGCUCAGAUGGCUGAUUCUCUUGGCAUUGGAGUCCCAUGGCUCAUGUGUCAACAAGUUGGUGCUCCAAAGCCAAUGAUUGAGGCAUGCAAUGGUUGGUAUUGUGAUGCAUAUAAACCAAAAGAUCCCAAUAGCCCUAAAAUGUGGACUGAAAAUUGGACGGGAUGGUUUAAGAGUUGGGGUGGUGCACACCCACAUAGAACAGCCGAAGAUCUUGCUUUUGCUGUUGCACGCUUUUUCCAAACUGGUGGCACAUUGCAAAAUUAUUACAUGUACCAUGGUGGUACCAAUUUUGAUAGAACUGCGGGUGGCCCAUAUAUCACUACUACGUACGACUAUGAUGCACCUCUCGAUGAAUAUGGAAACUUGAAUCAACCAAAAUGGGGACAUUUGAAGCAACUUCAUGAUGUUUUGCAUUCCAUGGAGUAUACUCUUACUCAUGGGACCGUCAAACCUACAAAUCUUGGCAAUUCUGUCGCGGCUACUGUUUACGUAACAAAGGAGAAAUCAAGUUGCUUUUUGAGUAAUACAAAUAAUGCAACAGAUGCCACAGUCAACUUCGGAGGAAUUGAUUACUUUGUUCCUGCAUGGUCUGUUAGUGUUCUUCCUGAUUGCAAGGAAGAAGCAUAUAACACUGCAAAGGUUUAUGCUCAAACUUCAGUGUUGGUAAAAAAAUCCAACAGAGCGGAGGAUGAACCAAGUUCUCUGAAAUGGGUAUGGAGACCUGAAUCGAUCGAAUCGACUGCAGUAAAAGGGAAGGGAGACGUUUCUGUUAACAAGGUUGUUGAUCAAAAGGAUAUGGCAAAUGAUGCUAGUGACUAUUUGUGGUACAUGACAAGAGUUGAGCUUGGAAAAGAUGAUCCCAUGUUGAAUGGAACCGUGACCCUUCGUGUAAAUGAUACUGGUCAUGUUCUUCAUGCUUUUGUCAAUGGAGAAUAUAUUGGUUCUCAAUGGUCAAAAUAUGGCAAUAAUGUGACAUAUGUUUUCGAGAAAAAUAUCAAGCUAUCCUCAGGAAGUAAUUUGAUAUCAUUGCUUAGUGUCACAGUUGGAUUCAAGAACUAUGGGCCAAAGUUUGAUUUGGUAGAAGCUGGAAUUAUAUCUCCUGUUGAAUUGGUUUUGAAAAAGGAUCACAACACAAUUGUCAAAGAUUUAGCCUCAAAUAAAUGGACAUACAAGGUUGGUUUGGAUGGAAUUAUAAACAAGUUUUUCGAGACAGAUCGUCCUUCAACAUUGAAAUGGGCAUCCGAUUCUCUUCCUGUUAACAGGAAUUUCACUUGGUACAAGACCACCUUCAAGGCUCCUCUGGGAGAUGAACCAGUUGUUGUGGAUUUACUAGGGUUAGGAAAAGGUGUUGCUUGGGUGAAUGGUCAUAAUCUCGGUAGGUAUUGGCCCAGUUAUGUAGCUGAUGAGCAGCUUUGCAAGACUGAGGCUUGUGACUAUCGUGGCAGAUAUGAUGAUAGAAAAUGCGCCUCUAAGUGUGGUGAACCUAGCCAAAGAUGGUACCAUGUUCCUCGUUCAUUCCUUAAAGAUGGUGAGAAUACGUUGGUUUUAUUUGAAGAAUUUGGUGGCAAUCCUUUGGGGGUACAAUUUCAGACUGUUGAAAUCGGGACGGCCUGCGUAAAUGCUUAUGAAGGAAAGACAGUGGAAUUGUCUUGUCAUGGCCGAUCAAUUUCAAGAAUUAAUUUUGCUAGCUUUGGCCACCCACAAGGUGUGUGCGGAUCCUUCAAAAAAGGCGAAUGCGAAUCAGAAGUAGAUGCAGUCUCAAUACUUGAAAGGGAAUGUGUUGGCAAAGAGUCAUGUUCUUUCGAGGUUUCUGAAGCUAAAUUUGGGAAAGCUUAUUGUGGCAUUAGAAGGCUAGCUGUGGAAGCUGUUUGUUGA